CGGCCGAAGUCUAUUCCUAUGCUGAGGAUGAAAUGGUCACAGAUCCCUUACUGGCACAACACCUAGCGCACUUCGGCAUCAACACUCGUUUGAUGGAGAAGACCGAUAAGACCAUGACUGAGCUGGAGAUUGCCGCCAAUGAACGCCUCGGCGAGUGGUUGACUCUACAGGAGUCAGACAAGACCCUUCAGCCCCUCUAUGGUCCAGGGCUGACGGGUAUCGUCAAUCUCGGCAACACCUGCUAUAUCAACUCAGCCCUUCAGGUUCUCUUUGCGAUUCCCCAGUUCCGCUGGUGUUACGCCAAUGCGUGGCAGCAGAUUACAGAGGAGGCUAUGCAGAACAUGGCGCAGUUACCAGUGGAUAACUUUAGUCUCCAGUUUGCCAAAAUCGGAAACUCUCUUUGCUCCGGUGCCUAUUCCUGGCCUCCUCCUCCGACACCGUCAGAGGAAAGCGAGCCGAAACGCUUGCCCCAAAACCCA